AUGCGUGAUGUGCAGCGGCUGGUGCUGGCCAGGCAGCUCCAGGCACUGGAAGAUACCCUGCAGGAUCUGCGAUCAACGGUGGAAGGGUUUGCCAGGAUUGCAGCUCUCCAUGAUCGGCAGGUUCAUGCUGCAGCAAACAUAAUCCCAGAUCUGAAGUUGCCGACAGGAGCUUUGCGGGCUUGCAUGCCGUUGCCUAUGCCAUCAAUUGCAGAGUGUAUAGAUGGUCUGAAGCAGAUCAGGUUGAUGUACGCGGAUGAGCUUGCACUGAAGAGGGCCAUUGUGGAUCAACUCACAUAUGACUCCACAGCAGAGGAUUUGGCAGCACUGCAGGCGCUGUUCAUAGCGGAGCCGAACAUCCCAGCUGCUACUGUUGCUGAUGUUCUGUCGUUGGUGCUGGUGACAAUCAAAGAGGCGAAGGUGUAG